CAGUAAUCAAUCUCGACUGAAAUCUUUUGAAAAAAGAAUUUCCCGCCCGAAACUGUUCUGAUAAGCUCCUAGAACGAACUAAUUAGGAUGCGAUGAUCUGAAUGACUAAAUUUUUAUCGGCAGAAAUGUUUCCGUCCGUUCUGAUUCAGUUCAGUCGCCCAUACGGUUUCUUUCCACACUCCGAAAAAUACCGACCCAAACUUGGAUCGAGUCUGGUUGAGUUUUUUGCGACUUUACCGAGAACCAGGCAAGGGGCAAAAUGGGAUUACGGAUACAAUACUUUCCUGUACAAACACUUGGGCCGGCAGGGGUUGGUAUGCGCUGGGGGUAUCACGUGACGGAAUUACAGGGCCCCUGGACGAGGUUGG